AUGGCGGCGGCUUUCCACGCCCUUCCCUCUCCGACGACCUCAACUCUGCCGCGGAAGAGCUGGACUCCUCUUGUGGCCGCUCGCUCCGCAAAACCGGUGCGGGGCCUCGUCUCCCUCAACUUGCGGAUUCCUCUGGCGCAGAGGAAUCGAUCGGGACGGCUUCCCGCUCCCGUAGCGGCAGUGUCCGGCUCCCCUUGUAAGAGAUCUGCCUCGAUGACCUCCUCAAUUGUUCCUGUUUCUUCUCCGGCUGUGAAUAAUUUCUCCGAGUUUUCGAAUUUAUGCCGGCUGAAUUCUGUCUGGAAUCCUGAAAGAUUUUACAAGGAAGUUAAAGUGGGGUCGAUUCGGAGUUCCACGAUAUGAAUGGUUUGGAUUUAUUGUUUUGCGAAGAUGAGACCCUUUAUCUUCUUUUUCUUCAGAUUUUUGUUAUUUUUAUCUCGAUAAAAAUGUGUAUAUGCCAGUUUUUUGUGCAAACGUUACUCAGUUUUGCGCAUUCACUAGCCUGUUUGAAUAUCCUUCCAUAUCAGUAGAAGGCCACUGCGGCCUUCAGUCGUAACUCUGCAAGUGAUUGUUCCACAGCAAGCGCCGAUGUUGUGACAUCUAAAGAUUUCGCCAAUUUGCUGGAAGGUGUGGAAGUAUUUGACCUGGAAGGGAGACCGAUACCGAUAAUUGAUCUAUGGAAGGAUAGGAAGGCCGUUAUCGGCUUUGCUCGACAUUUCGGGUAAUGCGCAGAAUUUAUCGUGGAUUCCCCUCAUCUAAGUUGAUCCCCAGAUUUGUUGUAAAAGAAUUAUAAGAUAGGAUUGAUGAAGGAAGAGAUAACCUCUUCCUUGGUCUCACGUUUCAGGUGCGUUUUUUGCCGAAGAAAAGCUGAUCUUCUGGCUUCCAAGAAGGUAAUAAGACGACUAUUAAAAAGCAUAUAAGUAUUAUGAACUAAACUUGUAUAAAAACAGAAGAUAUAUGUAACCAUGGUUUCCCCUUGUAGGAGGUAAUGGAUGCAGCUGGCGUUGCCCUUGUUUUAAUUGGACCCGGCAGUGUUGAUCAGGUAUGUGACAUCCUUGUUGCUUAGCCUACAGAACAAAUCGUACUUCGAAGGCCGAUCUCCAUAGAAGUCCUGGAAUUCCACCUUUUGAGGAUAUAAAAUAUUUUUUCUGCACAACUUAUAUAGGAGCCCAUUUUUCUUAUCCUAGUAGGCACUUUUAGCAGAAUAUUUUUGAAUAUUCAAAAGCUCAUUUGCUGGGUAGAUAUUCUUGUUUUGAUUCUUUGUCAAUAUUCUCUCUAGCAUAAGUAAGCCCAUUGAAAUGAUUCACAAAAAUCCUACUAAUAUCCAUCUUCUUUGGAAAAUACUAUGUAGCUAAACUGAUUUGAACGUUCCUGAAAGUGCGUCGAGAGAAUUUCAUAAGCAUAGGGCGUUUUGGGGUUCUAUCUGUCUAAUUUCACUGACAAGACUAAAAUUUCAAGCCUGAAUGCUCUGUCUUUGCUUUUCCACAAUAUUUUUUCGUCCCAUUUUCUCUGAUUCUUUUUGGUGCCUUCAUAUUUAUUACUCUGACUUUCCUGGUCCAGGCGAAGGCAUUUUCACAACAAACGAAAUUCAAGGGAGGUACGUUCGAGAUUGAGCCUCACAUAGGUUUCUACACACAGUAAUCUCAUGAUUAAUGGUAUUUAAUAUCGUGACUCGUACGGUAAUCCACCAUUGGUUUUUUCUUUUGACAGUUUUCACGUAUUUCUAGAAGGUUGAUUCUUAUCUCUUUCAUUGACACACCUAAAUAUUCUUGGUACACUCUCAUAAGUUCAAAAAAUUCUAUUAGAUUAAAUUUAAUCCCUUCUUUCGUGAUUUAGAGAAAAAAUAUUUUCCUAGUCCUCCAAAGAAACUCCUCCACAGAGGUGGGAGAAAUAUCACAGGCCAAUAACCAGAGCUGUUUGCCACACGAAAACGUCUACUCACUUCUGUCCUUCAGAGUAUUCUCCACUCUGGGCCCGUCACUUGAGUCUCUACAUCUCCCCUGCCUUAUACAGCAGUCAUCUGAAACUCUCUCUGGCUUAGAUUCGAAAGGCCAGGAUCCCCUCUCCUCCCCACGUUGUACUGAGGCCAGCCCCAGAUUCUUCUAUAUUUUCUCUCGUUUCUGGGGCACCCUGAACCCUAAAAAGUUUUUUUUUAUUUUAAAAAAAAAUCGAUUCUAACCAUUUUUGCUCUGAUGCAGAGGUUUAUGCAGACCCCGGGCAUCUAUCCUUUGAGGCUCUGAACUUCGUCUCUGGAGUAACAACGACGUUUACCCCAUUGGUACCCAAGAACUACCUCGAUAUAAUAAUCUGAAGGAAACCCCUCGCACUCCCCCCCUCCCUCUUCUCUUCAUGGCUCAGUCGUCUCCCUAGUCUUGACAGGCCGGCUUGAAGAUCAUACAGUUGUACAUGCAAGGAUACCGACAAGACUGGGGGCUUUCGUUUAAGAAGGACACCGUAGCGAGAGGUGGCUGGUAGGCUCCUAAUUUCAUAGCUAAUUUCCAGUGGUCCGGUGAAAGAGUCUGCAGGAGCCUUGCUCUCCUCUUUUUAAGCGUGGGGUUUUUGGUUUUUCAGGCAGCAAGGUGGGAUUCUUGUGGCGGGCCCCGGAAAGAGUAACAUCUCCUAUUUUCACAAGGUUAGUAUUUUAUUUUAUUAUCUUAUAGUGAUGAGUAAAUCGGUUAUUUGUGAGGCCGGGCCUGGUCAAGGGCUGAGGGUGAGGUUUGGAACCAGUCUUCCGAAGCCCAGGCCGAGAAUAUAAAUGGAGAGGGAGCUCAGUAGUUGGUCCAAACUAUUGCCAAGAUCUCCCUUCUUGCCUCAUUUUUCAGCCCAAACCCAGAAGAGUCACUCUGGGUCGGGCCUCAGGGCUCGCUCCGGCCCAUCCUCACUCCUUAUCCAGCCUUCAUAGUACAGACUGGACCGGCCCCUUUAUGAAACCCUUUAGUCGGCCUGGCUCACCCCUACUCUAGACUAGACCCAGAGAGAACACUAAUCGGACACUUUUUAAGGUUCGAGGCCUAAAAAAUUGGGUGGGCCGGCCCGGUCCUCUCUCUCUCUCUCUCUCUCUCUAAAUUAUUCCAGCUUCUCCUUGUCACCUUCUCAGGACAAAGAAGCUGGAGACGACCCAGACAUACAAGAGGUGAUAAAUGCUUGCUGUUCACAAUAA